AUGUCGGAGGAGCCAAAAUUGCAAGAAUUCACUCUCAAGGAGGAUCACGAGCUAAGGUUUGAGGUGGGGGGUACGGAAGUUGUUCUUGAGCUGGUUCAAGGAAGAGCCGAGGUUUUCGGUACAGAACUAGAAAUGCACAAGAAAUAUGCAUUUCCCCCAAAUACUCGUGUGGCUGUUUUCAGCUGGAAGGGGGCUUCGGUUGAGUUGAUCGGCUCAACGAAUAGUGCUUAUGUCGCGGAGCAUACUCCCAUGGUCAUUUAUCUUAAUACACAUGCUGCACUGGAGCAGCUGCGGCAACAUACGGAGGAACAAGCAUCCGUUGGUGGCACAGAGAAUCCCAAGGGUCCUCGUAUCAUGCUAGUUGGCCCUAUGGAUGUCGGAAAGUCAACUGUUUGCCGCAUUCUCUGCAAUUACGCCGUUAGGCAGGGAAGAUCCCCUGUCUAUAUCGACCUCGAUGUUGGACAAGGGAGCAUUUCUGUCCCUGGAACCAUUGGUGCGCUGUUCAUCAACAAAACCGCUGACGUUGUGGAAGGAUUCGAUCGUUCGAAGCCAUUAGUGUACAAUUUUGGUCAUAUUUCGCCUGGAGAAAACUUACCGCUAUAUGAUCUUCUGGUGAAAGAAUUAGCGGAUUCUGUUACGGUUAGAUGCGCUACUCACCCCGAAGCAAACCUGGGCGGCCUUGUUAUAAACACUUGUGGAUGGGUAACUGGUGAAGGCUUUUCAAAUUUUGAUUAG